GUUUUAUGCUUUAUUGUUUCCGUUUCCCACUGAUGCUAAUCGAAUAAUCUAAAAGAUGCCUAUUGGCAUUUAAUCUGAAACUUUUUAGCGUUUCAUUAAAAAUUUGAAUUUUCUGGACCAAAGAUUGCAAUAUAAAUAUUAAAAUGCCUGUAGAAUAUGUUCAAGUCGCUGAAGAUGAAGGUGAGGAUGUGGUAGAAUUACCAACAGAAGAAGAUGGAACUUUAUUGCUAAGCACAGUAGCUGCUCAAUUUCCUGGUUCAUCCGGCUUAAGAUUCAAAGCAUCACCAGAAAGUAAAGCGUUUAGGGGAGUCCGAAUAAUGGACGGAAUCCUGUAUCCUCCGCCAGAUGAGGGCUGGGGAAAUAUCCUGUACUUUUGUGUUUUUCCUAAAGAGAAUAAACGUAAGUGUAGUGAAGCUUUAGAAAGUUCAGCGGCUAAAACCAAAAGAGUGGAAUCAAAGUUGAAAUGUACUGAUCUGAUUGUGCUUGGUUUGCCUUGGAAAACGACUGAGACGGAGUUGAGAGAGUAUUUUGAGUCGUUUGGUGAGUUGCUGGUGGCACAAGUUAAGAAAGACAAAGCGGGAAAUUCAAAAGGAUUCGGUUUUAUAAGAUUUGCUCAGUAUGAGUCUCAGUUAAGAGUAUUAGCUCAGAGGCAUAUGAUAGAUGGCAGGUGGUGUGAUGUGAAAGUUCCCAGUUCUAAAGAAGGAGGUAUUCAGGAACUCCCACGCAGAGUAUUUGUUGGUAGAUGCACAGAAGAUUUGACAACUGAUGAUUUAAGAGAUUAUUUCACCAAAUUUGGAGAAGUUACUGAUGUCUUCAUUCCAAAACCUUUCCGAGCUUUUAGUUUUGUCACAUUUUUAGAUCCAGAUGUUGCUCAAUCGCUAUGCGGGGAAGACCAUAUCAUUAAAGGUGUUUCUGUACACAUUUCGACUGCCGCUCCCAAAACACCUGACAGAAGGAACAGGGGAGAUAAUAUGGGAGGAGGUGGUUACAAACAAGGAUCUAAUUGGUCAAACAAUAGUCACCAAAGUGGUAGUGAUAGAUAUGCUGGUUCUGGAUCUGGAGGUUCUAGUCAAAACGUUUGGAAUCAGGGAGGAUCUAGAGGAGGUGGCAAUAUGGAUAUACCUAAUUUUGGUCCAUUGAUGAAUCCGGCGCUUGUGGCUGCAGCUUUGAAUCAAGCUGCACAAGGAUGGGGCUUGAUGAGCGGUAAUAUGAGAGGAGGCAAUAUGAGUGGUAGCGGAGGAAACGAUCAAGACAAUUAUAAACAAGGUUAUAAUACCGGACCCGGUUUAAAUAAUAUGAAAAAUGAUGGAGGUAGUGGUAGUCGUUCGGGAUACAACUCGGAUAAUAGGUAUUGGAACAGGAGGCAAAGUAUGGAUAGAGAUUCAUUCAGAUAUUCAAAUAUUGACUAGAUUUUUGUUUAUUAUUAGUGUUGUGACAUACGAAUGAAUGUUUUGUACGUAUUUUUGUCUUCUUCAGAAAACGGGCCAUAUAUUUAUAUGGAUAUAAACUUUGUUAAUCAAAGAUAAGGUAGUUCUUUUGAAGAAUUCAAUUUUAUUUAUUAUUACCUGAAUAAUUGUAUUUUUGUAUUAAAAAGUUCGGUUUUAUGAUUAUUUAUAAAA